UGUACGCUGCGCGUUUGUUUUCCGGCCAAGGGGCUGUCAACCUUGCUAGCUAACAACACGGGAUUAGCCUUGUUUUGUCAUGUCGAUAUCAAGACAUAUGUUGACAACACGGCACAGUUUACCUUUAUUUCGUCACACAGCCACAGCAGGGCGGCGUUGAAGAAAUAUAUCUGGGCGGGGCGCAGAAGUGUGAGAUGAAAUGACAACGUCAACAUUGCAGAAAGCGAUCGAUCUUGUGACCAAAGCCACAGAAGAAGAUAAAGCUAAGAAUUAUGAGGAGGCGUUGCGUCUUUACCAACAUGCUGUGGAGUAUUUUCUACAUGCCAUUAAAUAUGAGGCCCACAGCGACAAGGCCAAGGAAAGCAUUCGAGCAAAGUGCAUGCAGUAUUUGGACAGAGCGGAGAAGCUGAAGGACUACCUGAAGAACAAGGACAAACAAGGCAAGAAACCUGUGAAGGAGUCGCAGAACAAUGACAAGAGCGACAGUGACAGCGAGGGUGAAAACCCUGAGAGGAAGAAGCUGCAAGAGCAACUUAUGGGUGCUAUUGUAAUGGAGAAGCCCAAUGUGAGGUGGAAUGAUGUGGCUGGACUCGAGGGAGCCAAGGAAGCUCUAAAGGAAGCCGUCAUCCUUCCCAUCAAAUUUCCUCACCUCUUUACAGGUAAGCGGACGCCGUGGCGAGGCAUCCUGCUGUUUGGGCCACCAGGGACGGGGAAGUCAUACUUGGCAAAGGCUGUGGCGACAGAGGCCAACAACUCUACCUUCUUCUCCGUCUCCUCCUCAGAUCUCAUGUCAAAGUGGUUGGGCGAGAGUGAAAAGCUUGUCAAGAAUCUAUUUGACCUGGCCCGCCAACACAAACCUUCCAUCAUAUUUAUCGAUGAGGUGGACUCGCUAUGCGGCUCCCGGAACGAGAAUGAGAGCGAAGCAGCUCGUCGGAUCAAGACAGAGUUUUUGGUCCAAAUGCAAGGUGUGGGAAACAACAACGAUGGCAUUUUGGUUCUGGGGGCCACCAACAUUCCCUGGGUGCUCGACGCUGCCAUCCGGAGAAGAUUUGAGAAGCGUAUCUACAUCCCGCUGCCGGAGGAGCCGGCUAGGGCACAGAUGUUCCGCUUGCAUCUGGGCAACACGCCUCACAGCCUGAGCGACUCGGACCUGCGGCAACUUGCCCACAAGACAGACGGCUACUCCGGCGCUGACAUCAGCAUCAUCGUGCGGGACGCCCUCAUGCAGCCUGUUCGGAAGGUCCAGUCGGCAACACACUUUAAAAAGGUUCGUGGGCCGUCCCGCAGCAACAACCAGGUCAUGGUGGAUGACCUAUUGACUCCUUGUUCCCCUGGUGACCCCACUGCCAUAGAGAUGACCUGGAUGGAUGUGCCUAGUGAUAAGCUACUAGAGCCAAUAGUCUGCAUGUCAGACAUGCUGCGUUCUGCGUCCACCACCCGUCCAACAGUCAACACUGAAGACCUGCUCAAGGUCAAGAAAUUCACAGAGGACUUUGGGAUGGAGGGCUGAGGGCAAGGUGACCGUUUUCUCCCUUUCGCUCCAGACCUUCAAUAACACCUUUGCCCCCGCCCCCACACACACACACGGUACCAUCUCCUCUUUUGGGUUUCAUGGUGGAUCUCACAUUAAAAGACUGUGUUUCUCCUAUUUAAUUCUCCACUCUGCUAGUUUGGACUUCUUGCAGAGAUCUGACUGAAUGCUACAAUAGAAAACUUUGUUGUGACUCGACCCUACCUUAGACCAUUAACUGCAAAAACGCCUCAUUGAACUCGGGGUGACACAGUGUGAGUGCACAGAGGAUAUUCCACACGGAGAUCUUUCUCUUGGCUGAAGGAUGACAUUAGGUGGUCAUGGUACCCUUUGCUUUGCUUUCAAGGAAGAAGAACCACAACCAUCUCCUGCCGGCCUCGCAAGUACACUAUUAAGUGUUUUUAUUCAUGAGUCAUUGCUGCCUCGACCGCCAUGUGUUUGUCUCGGGGUGGGCCACACUACACAUUUCGCUAUCAAUCCGAUACCAAGUUCUGAUACCGAAACAUUUCACUUGAAAUUUUUCAGGAUCAUUGAAUGAUUUUGGUGAAUUUACCUUUUAUUUGUUGAUCAUGAUUAUAGUCGGAAUAAAACACAUUUUAGGAAAACAAAGCAAAUGCAGUCAUCCCUCCUCCACUCCAUGGUUAGAAUUUCUCGGCCUCACUCUCAUGGUUUUUCAAAAAUAAAUUAAUAAAUCAUGCUGUGUUGUGGUAGAAUACGGCCAAUUAGUACUCAUAAAAUACGCAUAUUUAAGAAAUGAUUUUUAAAAAUUUGCCUAAUUAAGCCUUUUCAAACAUAAAAAUGACUAAAUCAACUAAAAUACAAAAAAAGGCAUCCAGAAGGUGAAUUCAAAGAGGUUGUAGAUGAUAUGUAGUAUUCUACAUUGGUCACUAGGUGUCAGUAAUGCUAAUUUAAUGUUUAGCAAGACACAAGCGUCAGACUUGAUCAGUGGAACAACAGGCUUUUAUUGUAGCAUUGAAUCUCACAACAGACACAAUAAUCUGGAAGAAAAUCCCCAAUAAAAACAUCCUGUCCGCCCCUCAAUCAUAUCCCUAGGAACACAUUUAUACCGACACACAUGAACAUCAGUCUUAAGUGUAUUAUUGUCUCUUAUUAUGUCUACUAUAUUGGGGAAAAAGGAGUGUAAAGGAUGUUAGUUCAUGUCCAGAGGGCUCUAAUAAUGGUAAACGGAUUUAGAUGGUGGUUUUCUAAUUCUACUUGACGGAGUCGGAUCUAAACGAGGGAUUACUGUAUUUGUAUUUGUAAGCAAUUGAACAAUGCAUAAAUAAAACAAUAUAAGACGAUGUAACAAUAUCAACAAAAGAAGACAA